AUGCUUGCUCCUCGUCUAUGUCGGCUCGUCGGACGAUGGCGCCGCCGCAUCAUCCCCGUCGCUCCGUCCUCCUCGGCAUCCGACGUCGCAGCGCCCGCCGCCGUCGUAUCAUCAUCCACCGCUGCCGCCAUCACGCCAUCCGCCUCCGCCACCUCGCGUGGACGCGGUCGACGAGGCGGAUGCGGUCGGCGCGGCGGCUCCACCGCCACCAUCGUCGCGCCGCCGCCGCCCAACCUGCGCUGGGCCGUGUCGGCCUCGCAGCCGUACCGGCUCGACAUGGUCGACCACACCACAGACCAGCUGGCCAACGCAUGCGGACUUCCGGAAUUCUGCUCAUAUGCGGUGCGGCGUAUGAUCAUCCAGACGAUCGACAAGGCCCCGAUCUCCGAGUCCGCUAAGCGGCUCGCCAUCGGCCACGAGCCUGGCUCGGGGACGAUGGCCAACAGCUAUCUGUCGCGCCGCACAGGCAUCGACUUGAUGCGCCUCGCCCGAGCGGGCACCCACCGCGCGCAUGGUCGAAUAUGGCCUCUGUCGCGUCGAGUCAGUCGCGCAGAAGCCCUCGACGCUCGAUGCAAGCGCCCAAGGCGGCCGUCGAGCAACACCCCACGCUGCAGCGCCUCGUCGCCGUCCGACCAGCUCGAACCGCUCAAGGCCGAGCGGCUGCGUCGCAUCCAGCGCGUCAACAAUCUGCACCGUAGACUGCGCCAGCGCGCCCGGACAGAGCAGGCCCAUCAGGCCGAGCAGGAAAGGGACUUCCAAGCGCCCCGUCCAAGCCGAAGGCCGGGCGGCAAUACGCAGGCACGUCCUCGCCGAGACGCGCCAAGACGCGCACGAGGAGCGAGACGAGGGCCGCAGCGACGACGCCUGGCUCGAGCGCGUCGAUUUAGUGUGGCAAGUGAAUCAGCAGACGCCGUCGAUGAGCCGACCCCUUGUGGCCGACCGAAGGAUGAUGACGGAAGGCGUCGAUCGUGUUCGACACAAAGUGCAUCUGCAGUAGGUGCGCGCUCCUAUGGAAUUGCGAGUUGGUUCCAGCAAAAGCCCCCGCGUACCUACGUCCUGCCGGCGACGGGCGCCAAGAAUGCCGGCGGCGGCGGUGGCAGCGGCGGUGGCAGCGGCGGUGGCAGCGGCGGUGGUGACGAAUGA